UGCUGGGCCGGCGGCGGGUCUGCAUCUGCCGCCAUCCUCGCCCCGCGCUGCGGAGGCGAUCCCGGAGACGCGCGGGCGGCCUUCGGAAGGCCUCGCGGCUGAGCUGCGGCGGCUCGGAGGGCGAGAAGGGAGCCUUUGCUUGGAGCGAAGGGCUGCUCGACCCGGCGGGGCCUCCGACCCCGGGACCCUCCUGCGUGCAAGGGAUCUAAGCAGGCAUGGCGCCCAGCCGGAAUGGCAUGAUCUUGAAGCCCCAUUUCCAUAAGGAUUGGCAAAGACGAGUGGCCACAUGGUUUAACCAGCCUGCCAGGAAGAUCCGCAGGAGAAAAGCCCGGCAGGCCAAAGCCCGUCGUAUUGCUCCUCGCCCAGUAUCUGGGCCAGUUAGACCAGUCGUGAGGUGCCCCACCGUGCGAUACCAUACAAAAGUCCGUUUGGGCAGAGGAUUCAGCCUGGAAGAGCUGCGGAUGGCUGGUAUCCACAAGAAAUUUGCCCGGACCAUUGGUAUCGCAGUGGACCCCAGGCGCCGGAACAAGUCUACCGAAGCUUUGCAAGCCAAUGUCCAAAGGCUGAAGGAAUAUCGCUCUAAACUCAUCCUCUUUCCCCGGAAGUCUUCUGCACCCAAGAAAGGAGACAGCACGGCAGAGGAACUCAAGAUGGCCACACAACUCUCUGGACCAGUUAUGCCGAUCAAAACCGUCUACAAAAAGGAGAAGGCCCGCGUUAUCUCGGAAGAAGAGAAGAACUUCAAGGCCUUUGCCACUCUGCGCAUGGCCCGGGCAAACGCUCGUCUCUUCGGCAUCCGGGCUAAGCGAGCCAAGGAAGCAGCAGAGCAGGACGUGGAAAAGAAGAAAUAAACUGCCUGGACAGAUCAGUUCAAUAAAAAAAGAGAAAUUUG